UCUUCCCACUAGCAAUGUCGUUAACUGAUACAGAGAGAAUUAACCGCCUGCCACGUCUGCCUCUUCCAGAACAGUUAGCCGUUCUAACUGUCUCUGUUUUUCAACUCGCACCAGAAAUCCGCUAAGUUCCCUACUUUCUUUUUCCUCAUCCUUGAUAUAUAUGUAUAUAUAUAGAUAUCAUCGUUUUGCUCUCAUUAUCCCGCCUUAUCCAAGAAUUAAACCCAGUAAACACAAAUCCAACAAACCCAUACAAGAUCAUCAGUACGCGAUUCCAUGGCUCACGAAGAAGAAGAAGAGGCUAAAAGGGUGGUCCAAUACCCAUUGGACUCAAAGUACUACUUGAUUCUUGAUGAAGCUGGUGUUGGUGCUAGCACUUCUGUUUACAAGGCGGUCUGCCUGCCUAUGAACUCCACGGUGGUGGCAAUCAAAAUCAUCGAUCUUGAUCAAUCAUGGCGGUGGCAAUCAGACCCACCGCCUCUGUCCCACCCAAAUAUCCUAAGCGCUCACUGUUCCUUCCAGGUUGAUGAUCGCCUUUGGGUGGUGAUGCCAUUCAUGUCCGCCGGUUCUUUACAAACCAUAAUGUCUUAUUCCUUCCCAGACGGCCUACCCGAGCCCUGCAUUGCCAUAAUUCUCAAAGAAACUCUAACCGCCUUGUCCUAUCUUCACAGCCAACAACAACCUCACAAAGACAUCAAUGCCGGUAAAAUCCUCAUUGACUCAAAUGGGUCCGUGAAGCUUGCAUACUUUGGAGUGUUGCCAUCAAUCUACGAUUCUUGGAGUUCAAUUCAGCAAACGGACGCUCUGUAUUGCAUACACUCGGAACAGGGGUACGGUAUAAACGCUGAUAUAUGGUCCUUAGGGAUCACUGCAUUUGAAUUGGCCCAUGGACUCCCUAUUCUGUCUCACCCCACUCCUUCAAAGCUCAAGAAUCUCUCCAAGCCUUUCAGAGACUUGCUGGUUUCGUGUCUCCAGCUAGACCCAUCAAAGCGGCCCUCGGCAGAGACAUUGUUGAAGCAUCCCUUCUUCAAGAAUAGUAAGGGUUCGGAUUUUCUUGUAGAGAAUGUCUUGCAGGGGCUGCCUAGUGUUGAAAAAAGGUUCAAGGAAAGCAAGAUUAAUUUACUUGAGCGGUUGAUGACAAAUAACAAUGGCGAUGAUGAGAAUGAGGAGGAGGGCGACGAGGGUGACUCAGCAAGGCAGAGUAUAAAACAGACAAGGAUCAGUGGGUUGAGCUUCGACGAGGACGGGUUUGAACUCGACCCAGUGUGCCCAACCGAGUCCACCGACGAUUCAGCAGUAAUAAUUGAAGAUGAGGGAGGUGAGUCUGGCGAGUUAAUUCCGAGUUCCCCUGGUCAGGUUGAGGAAGAGGCGGCCCAAGUGGGUUGGUAUAAUCGUGGGGAAGCCCUGGUGAAGGAGGAGGAGGAGGAGGGCGACGAGGGUGACUCAGCGAGGCAGAGUAUAAAACAGACAAGGAUCAGUGGGUUGAGCUUCGACGAGGACGGGUUUGAACUCGACCCAGUGUGCCCAACCGAGUCCACCGACGAUUCAGCAGUAAUAAUUGAAGAUGAGGGAGGUGAGUCUGGCGAGUUAAUUCCGAGUUCACCUGGUCAGGUUGAGGAAGAGGCGGCCCAAGUGGGUUGGUAUAGUGGUGGGGAAGCCCUGGUGGUGGGCCUGGUGGAGCUGAAGAGGAGCUUGGAUCUGCAGAGGACGGUGAGCGAUCUGAUUGGAUCUGGGUUGUUACGUGAGGAGGAAGGUGGGGAGAUGAGCAAGGAGGAGCAGAUGGCUCAGCUUAUUGAGUGGCAGAGGGCUGAGUUGGAGAAUGAGAGAAACAGGAAGUUGGAGUUGGAGAUGGAGUUGAGUUUUCUCAAGCUUCAAUUUUCUGCUUCCCAUGACACUGGUGAUACUGCUGCUGUAUGGAGUGAUUGGCAUUGGUGCAGCGGUGCUAGUGAUGCUGAUUGGGAGUGA